UCCUUUUGCUUUUCCAAUUCUUCUGGUACGAUUAUCGUACUCUAGAAGGCUCUUUACAAAGAAACCCUUCAAUUCAUUUCAUCUCUCAUUUUCAUUUUCUCGGGAAAAUCAUGGGGAAAGGCCCUGGUAUCUAUUCCGAUAUUGGCAAGAAAGCUAGAGAUCUUCUCUACAAGGAUUACCAGGGCGACCACAAAUUCACCGUCACUACCUACACUUCCACUGGAGUUGCAAUCACUUCAAGUGGAGUUAAGAAAGGUGAGUUUUAUUUGGCAGAUGUAAGCAGUCAGUUGAAGAACAAGAAUAUCACAACUGAUGUAAAAGUGGACACAAACUCCAAUCUGUUCACAACCAUCACCGUUGAUGAGCCUGCUCCUGGACUCAAGGCGAUCUUCAGCUUCAAAGUUCCUGAUCAGAGAUCUGGCAAGGUGGAACUCCAGUACCAGCAUGAAUAUGCUGGGAUAAGCACUAGCAUUGGGUUGACUGCAAAUCCCAUUGUUAACUUCUCAGGUGUGGUUGGGAACAAUGCUGUUGCUCUUGGGACUGAUCUCUCAUUUGACACUGCCACUGGGAAUUUCACCAAAUUGAAUGCAGGGUUGAAUUAUACCAACGCUGACCUUAUUGCUUCCCUCACAUUGAAUGACAAAGGGGAUACUCUUAAUGCUUCCUAUUACCACACAGUGAGCCCGUUGACCAAUACAGCUGUUGGUGCAGAGCUGACCCAUAGUUUUUCAAGCAAUGAGAACACACUAACUAUUGGCACGCAGCAUGCGCUCGACCCCUUGACAACAGUGAAGGCUCGGGUGAACAACUAUGGCAGGGCAAGUGCCCUCAUCCAGCAUGAGUGGCGCCCCAAGUCUCUUUUCACCAUCUCUGGUGAGGUAGACACAAGGGCAAUUGAAAAGAGUGCUAAGAUUGGAUUGGCCUUGGCUCUCAAGCCCUAGACGAAGCAACUUUUUCUGGGUGAUUGGAACGCUGUCCUUGCCUUUUCUAGCUGUGGGGGGCAAUAAUGCAAGGAAAAAUGACACUUUUUUUCUUGUAUUUUUUUUUUCUUUUUAUAAUCAAAUGACCAUCUGUUUCUGUUGUCUCAUUGGAUUUCACAUAUUUUGGUGGUUAUGGGUUGUAGAAAAUAAUUCUAGUUGGUGUCUGGAUCCAUCUUCAAUUUGUUCUUUUGGAUUAUGCAUCUGCCCCUAAUAGAGGGUAUACAUGCUCGAGCGAUUAUACUGCACAUGGAAUUUUUGUUCCAAUGUGACUGUUGUUUUUCAAUCUCAUUUUUGUUUCAAUAUGAUUGUUGUUUUUCAA